GCGCGCUGACAUUUGUUCGGUAAAAAAGGUAGAGGUCUGUAGUGGUCCGGUAUUCCGUCUAUUUGCUCAAGAAAUUGUUGAAGACUUGAGCUUGUUAACGUAAUUUUACUUGCCAAGAGCAUGGCCGACGAGAGCGGCGUCUUCAAACUACCCGAAACCCCCGGAGCAUAUUCCGUGUCCGACGUCAACAGAACUAUUCUUCUGGCCAGUCUGGAGGUGCUGGGUUUUCCGGAGCGACCAAGCCUCAAGGGUAAAGAAGCUGCGAGUGAGGCCAGAAACGUACUGCACUACCUCUUCACGAGAUUCGACAAGGCGAAAGCGCUGUCGAGUUUUCGUUCGUGCUGGCCUGUGGACGUCGGCACAUCCGACAAGCUGUUCCGGGACGUUGCGACCGCCUGGAUUCAAACGCUCAAGGCGAGUUCGAACGCCGGCUCCUACUUUGACAACUUCGCGCCUCAGAUCCUUCUGUACCCGAGACACGCGCAGCACAUGGCAUUCCUCGCCGACUUCUCCACCUUUGUGCUCUACCGCUGGCUGAGUGAGCGAGCUGUCAUCGAACUGCCUCCCUCGGCAGACACGGCCACCCUCUCAGCCGCUUCCGCAAAGAUUGCCGCCGCCAACGCCACACUGCAGUCGAAGCUUGCGGCAGUGAGGAAAGACGAAGAGGUUUUCCUCGGGGAACAAGAAAAGCUCGCAUCGGCCCUCACGAGGAAAAACGAGCUGCUCCGUCAACAGGCCCGCUCCUUCGGCAACCUCGAAGAAGCCGAAGCGUUGCACGCGAAGCUGGCAGGCCACGUCUCAGCUCUGCAACGCCUCCCUACUGUGAUAGGCCAGCUGACGACGGCGAUAGUUUUGGCUUCGGCCCAGGAGUUCGACGGCUCGAGGUACACCGCCGGUGACGAUUGUGCGAUGCCAUUGAACAUCACGAGCCUUCUGGAGGACCUCAAGCAGAAAGCCGAGACGCUAAGUAACAGGCUGGGGCAAGUCGAUUGGAACAAGGUGCGGCACAACAUUGCAGCGGCCACGAAGCGUCUGGAAGGGCUGAGGGAACGCUUGGACAGCGCCCGGUCCUGCAGGGAGCGUCUGGAGCUGCUACAGGCACAGUAUGGAGAGCGGGCUGCCGCGGCGACUGCGCUGAUACUCGAGGGGCAGCCACCGUUUCGAGUGCGGCUUCCCGACGGCGCGGUACUUCACCCUCCCGACGAUGAUCUGGGGCAGGCGUCGGGAGUUCACCCGUUGACGGAGCAGGAGGUGGAAGAAACCCUCGCCUUGAUACUCCAAGACAUCCUCAGGGACCAAGAGAAAUGAGGCCUGCUCUUGGCCUGGUGCUUUUCCUGUUUCCUUUUUAGCGAGUAGUGUUUCUACAGCGUUUCCCCCCCGGGUAAAUGUUUUAUUUUUGUUUAUCUAAAAAUAAAUUAUGCAUCGCCUUUGUCAAGGUAAUGGUUAGUUCCGAAACUUUAAUGGCAUGUGGUUGGGACCGUUAGCGCUACAUUUGGGUGGAGAAUGAGCAUUCGGCGCAAUACGCAGUUCAGUUUUGCGGUAAAACCCUUUCAUAUAUACAUAUAUACUUUCUGAACUCUCUGUACUUCUCUUGUUUCUUCCCGUCGUUAACAUUUGUAUCAUUUGUUGUUUCUUCUGCCAAUUAAAAGCAAUCUUAAACCAGCUCGCCUCCACCCUCGUUUUAGUUUAUUUUUUCCUUGCUUUUUUUAUGCCUUCGGUUUCGAAGCUCAGAGAAAGUGCCUAGACAGACACAAAGCUGGGUGAAAAAUACAAGGCACAGUCGCACAGGGGCGUAAUGAAAAAGACAAAAACAUGACAGAAGCCAUCUAAUCGGAGCGCCAAGCCAUAUUUCCAUAAACCCUGUUUGCCAUAUUCAAACUUUUUCUUUUUUUGAUAAGGCUACGUGCUGCGUUACGCAAUCUGCAUUUCUUCCUAAUCUCAAAUGCCUCGUGUACUUCUCCGGACCUUGGCAAAAUGUUUAUGUGAAAGUUGAAACGCUCAAGCACAUGGGGGCAUCUAUUACAAUGAAUAGCAAGGUGGCCGUACCGGCUCGCUCACGUGGUCGCCGCAUCCGUUUACACACCUUGGCUUUAGUCAACGAGAUGAAUUCGAACAAGAAUCCCCUGGCGCAUGCAGCGCAUUUCUUCUGGACCACCUGAGGCCACGCGAGCGAGCCCGUCUGGGCAUCUUGCUAUUCAUUGAAGGCAUCGAGAUUGUGGCAAGGCACAAAGACAAAUUCCAGGGAAGCAGACGAGGACAAUUUUCUGUAGCUUUGCAAUCAAAGCUUAUGGGCACACGGGCGCUUGUUCAUCUGAGCAAUGGCUUCAGCAUGACAGUUUGUUCAACGCACUUCCAUAAGACAGACUAUACGUAUCUGCUGUCAGUUCGAAGGCAAAUAAAGAAACGCUUACAGCAUUUUUAGGCGCAUCUGUGUGCCGAUCGUGAGGUGUGGUUAGAAUGGACAGUUUUGGUGGGACGGGUCGCGACAAUGUGAAUAACCGGUAUACAGGUGUAGUAAACUGUAUAUUUGAAUAUUUGUUUUGGCAAAGCAAUAAAUAAAAACCCUUAAAACUGC